ACACAUAAAAAAAACCACUCCACAACAACUGCAAGUCUGCACCACCACUACUAGCUCCCCUCCCAACUUCUAGCUAGCCAUGGCGGAGAAGAAGGAGCAGGCCAGACCGCUGGCCCAAGCCACAGACCGCCUUAGCAGCGGUGACGAGGCCAGACCACUGGCCCAAGCCACGGACCGCCUUAGCAGCGGUGACGGCGACGUGGAGGCCACCCUACGCAAACAAAAAACAAGGCGUAAAAGGUGUAUGAUUAAAUGUUGCGGCUGUAUCGUAGCGUCUGUGCUAAUUCUAGUUGCGGUGAUCUUGAUUCUGAUAUUCACCGUUUUCCGGGUUAAGGACCCGACCGUCAAAAUGAACAGGAUCUCUGUCACCAGGUUGGAGCUGAUCAACCGAAUGACACUUGUGUUCGGCGUCAACAUGUCGCUGGCAGCAGAUGUGUCGGUCAAAAAUCCGAACGUGGCGUCCUUCAAAUAUAAGAACACGACCACAACGUUGUUUUACCGAGACAUGGUUGUGGGCGAGGUACAAACACCACCAGGGAAGGCAAAGGCAAGGCGAACCAUGCAUUUGAAUGUAACAGCGGAUAUUGUCGUCGACCGCCUUAUGUCCCAGUCCAAUGUUCCAGAUUUGCUAGCAGAUGUGAGAUCAGGGCUUUUGACUGUAGGAACCUAUUCGAUAAUACCAGGGAGAGUGAAAAUGUUGAGCAUUAUCAGUAAGCAUGUUGUUCUGAGAUUGAAUUGCACCGUGACCGUCAAUAUUUCGAGCCUGACGAUUCAAGAUCUGGAUUGCAAGCGGAAGGUUAGCCUUUAGGAUAUAUACACAAAUCCACUAAAAGUUUAUUAUAUAAAUUUAUAUAGUGAUAAGAUCAUUUGUGCAAAUUUAGGAUGUAAAAGUCCUGCGUAUUUUAAUAAAUUAUACAAAUAUGAGAUUUAUAUAAAAAAAAUUAAAUAAAGUGUACAAAAUUUAUACACCUUAUG